AUGAUUGUUAAAGGGCUUUCGCAUAUUCAUCGCAAAGAAAUCGCCCAUUGUGACCUCAAGCCAGAGAACAUUCUUCUGUUUCCUUCAUUGGACAAAGAGAGUGCAAACUAUCAAUUGAAGAUUGCGGAUUUCGGAUUAUCUAAGACCAAAAAUGAGGAAGCAGAUGUCGAGGUUUGGAAGUCCAAGCCUAGAGAUACGUCGUCAUACUUUUCGUCGGAGGCAUUUUCCAGUCAUAUUGAUGCUCCGAUAGAUAUAUGGGCACUUGGCUGCAUAGUGAUUGAAAUGCUGACUGGAUUGUCUGCAUAG